AUGUCGACGACGGAGGAUGAGAAAGAAGCCUACUCUUCUGUCUUCACCGACAGAAGAAAAAGAGAAGAGUUCAUCUGGAAUGAUCGCACUGACCAAAACUACUUCUUAACUAAAGGAGAGUGCCAGGAUUGCGUGAAUGAAGGUGCAGAGUCAGCUAGCAUACAAGUAUCAAUCCUUACCCCCAACCAAUAA